GUUCAGUGUCCCCUUGUUGCCUGACUACAGACGGCUAUUGCUAAGCUACCAACUGCUAUUGGUAGCUACUUCUACUGGCAGGAGUCUGUUGCCGCCUUCCAGUUGGAGGAUUCUGCAAAUAGCUACUGCUAUAAAGUAAAAUGACCAUGCUGGAAAGUUAAUGAGUCAACUGAUAAGAUCAGAACAGCCUUGUUUAAGGAGAGGAUCCACUUUUUUUCAACAAUUUAAGUGACGAAGUAGCUGCUGCUGUGCUGGAUACAUAAUCUAGAUAACCAAUUCAAGGUAAGAAACCAUGACAAUGGAAACGGAUUCAAAUGCUAAUCACUCAAACCUGGAAGUGGAGCCUCCCCAACCUUUGGAAGAUGGAGCAAUCAAACAAGUACCAGUCAAAAAGAAAACUUCCUGUUGCACUGGCUUGAAGGUGUUUCUCGCUGCUUUGUCAUUCAGCUACUUGUGCAAAACGUUAUCUGGAACAAUUAUGAAAAGUUCCAUCACUCAGAUAGAAAGAAGAUUUGAUAUUCCCUCCUCUGUAGCUGGCUUAAUUGAUGGAAGUUUUGAGAUUGGUAAUUUGCUGGUGCUGGCAUUUGUAAGUUAUUUUGGAGCCAAAUUUCAUAGACCAAAAAUCAUUGCUUUGGGGUGUUGUAUUAUGUCAGCUGGAAGUAUUUUAACAGCAAUGCCUCAUUUCUUCAUGGGAUAUUAUAAGUAUGAAACAGCAUCUCAUGCAGUGUUGUCAGUCAACUCAACUUCAAGUCUCUCUCCCUGCUCUGUGGAUCAAAAUGUAACUGGUGUCAGUGAAACCUUAUCAGAACAUCCAGAUUCAGAUUGUGUAAAGGAAGCAUCAUCAUAUAUGUGGAUGUAUGUCUUAUUGGGCAACUUGUUACGUGGAAUUGGGGAAACGCCAAUAACGCCGCUAGGAAUUUCUUACCUUGAUGAUUUUGCUAAAGAAGAAGAUGCUCCUUUAUACAUAGCAUGUUUGCACACAAUAGCAAUGAUCGGGCCAAUAAUCGGCUACCUGUUGGGAUCGCUGUGUGCCAGCUUGUAUGUGGAUAUUGGAUUUGUGGAUCUAGGUAGCAUAACCAUAACUCCAAAAGACUCCCGGUGGGUAGGUGCAUGGUGGCUUGGUUUUAUUAUAGCUGGAAUAAUUAAUCUCAUUGCUGCCAUACCAUUCUGUUUCCUGCCAAAAAGUCUGAAAAAGCAGGAGGAAGAAAACAAUGACAAAAUUUCAUCUGAUCUCUCCAAAAUUAAAGAAGACCAGAGCAAGCAUCGUGAAUCUGAAAAUCAUCAGCCAGUGAAGUGGUCAGUAACUUCAAAAGGCAAGUAUUUCUUUAUCUCUCUGAAAAGAGUAUUGAGUAAUAGAAUUUAUGUAAUGUUUUUGUGUUGUUCACUAUUACAAUUCAGUAGCUUUGUUGGUUUCUUGACUUACAAACCAAAAUACAUGGAACAGCAGUAUGGUCAGUCAGCAUCUAAGUCUAACUUUAUAACAGGAGUAACUGCUUUACCCGCUGUAAGCAUUGGGAUUUUCUUAGGAGGGCUCAUAAUGAAGAAAUACAAAAUGAGCAUGAUUGGAGCUACAAAAUUUGGAUUUGGGAUGUCACUGACGGCUUUUCUCAUAACCCUCUCACACUUUUUUGUGGGCUGUGAGAACCAUGUAGUGGCGGGAUUGACAGUAUCUUAUGAUGGCAAACCAGUUGCACAUCAUGAAACUGCCUUAUUUUCUGUCUGCAACUCUGACUGCAAAUGUGCCACGAACCAGUGGGAUCCUGUCUGUGGAGACAAUGGAAUCACGUAUAUGUCAGCUUGUCUUGCUGGAUGCAAGGCUUCGACAGGACAUGGGAAGAACACAGUGUAUCAUAACUGCAGCUGCAUGGAAAUUACAGGUUCCCAAUCAGGAAAUACCUCUGUAAUUUUGGGACAAUGUCCAAAAAGUGGUGACUGCUCAAGAAAGUUUAUUUAUUAUACAGUAAUACAAGUUAUAAGUGCCUUUUUCUAUGCUUUAGGAGGCACCCCUUUAUACAUGGUUAUGUUUAGGUGUGUUCACUCAGAGCUGAAAUCUCUUGCAGUCGGUCUGUUCACACUCAUUAUGAGAGCCCUAGCCGGAAUUCCAGCCCCCAUUUAUUUUGGUGCAUUAAUAGACAGGACAUGCUUGAAAUGGGGAAGCGGAAGCUGUGGGCAGCGAGGAGCUUGUAGGAUAUAUGAUUCUGAUGCAUACAGGUAUACCUACCUUGGCCUAGUAGCAGGCUUCAGACUACCAUCCUACUUCUUAGCUUUCCUGUUUUAUACAAUGGUGAAGAAACAGUACCAAGCAAGGGGUCCCAAAUCCACAGAAAAUGGAGGCCAAGAAAGCGUUCCUAUGAACAAAGAAGCUAACUCAAAGAGCAGUGAAUAUUUAUCAGGUUCUUCUGAUGUGGAAAAAGAAUCAUGUAUUUAGAAAAACCACUUACGUCCAUGUUGCAUGAAUCAGGACAGCAUCUUUUAAAAUCAACUUUCAGAAUGUCCUGAAUAAAACAAUAACACUGCUCAGAAUGAAAAACCAGAAUGAACACAUAGUCAAUGACAAGGGCAGUUAGGUGCACAUAUGAUUUAUAUUUAACUACCUUAUAUGAACCUGCUUAUCAAUGACACACACAACAAAUUCCAUUAAUUAACUAAUGAGGGAAAAUCCUGUUUGGCAUUGUUAAUUGCAACUGUUUGUAAUUUUUAAAUGGCUUGAAUGUGGUUUCUGGCACAGUAACUGCAUUCCAAAUACUACACUGGAAGGUCCCAGUCCUGCCCACAGAUCCACCUGUACUGAGUCCCACUGAAGUCAAAAGGACUUGCAUAAUUGCAAGGGUCUGCACAGUACAGUAAGAAGCUAGUGUAGUUUUCUGAACUCUGGCCUGCUAGGGAAUAGCUAGGUGGAAGGCUCAAACCCUCUUUUCCCCCUGCGUCCUCAGGGACACUCAACUUGAAAAAUCAUAUUUCCAACUGAAAAUGUUGUGCUUACGAACGUUGUAAGGAGAGCUGGUUAUCAAAUGGAAUUUCUGUUCCAUCAGAAACUCCAGCAUUUCAAGUUUUGCUUUCAUCCUGAAUUGGAACAAAAAGUUGAAAUUUCAAGAUUUUUACUGUGAAAUGAAAAUUUCAAAAUAUUUUGUUUAGGAAACAUCAAAACAACCUUAUCGAAACAUUUGGUUUUGACAUAAUUACAACUUUUAUGUCAUAUUACAUUAUCAUUUAUAAUAUAUAUGUCAUAAUAUUUUUACUUUUAUAUUAUAUUGCUUUUAUAAAUGAUAAUAUGAUAUAAACUUGAACCAAUAAAGUCAAAAUAAAACAUUUCGACCCUACUGAAACAAAACAUGUUAACUUUAUCAAAAUGAAAUAUUUCCACCUUAUCAAAACAAAUCAUUUCAUUAAUUUCCUGUUGAAAAUGUUGAUGAAAUCAAUAUGUUCCUACAAAAUGUUUCAAUUUCAUUGAAUCAGCAUUUUCCAAACUGUUCUAUUGGAAAAUUUUCAACUGGCUCUAGUUGUAAGAAGCACCUAAGUUUGCUGUAAAUGAAAUAACUGAAAAAAAUCAAUUAUUUUUCUUUACUUUGUAGAUUUUGACAGUACUCUGUGUAUACUCAGUUUCACUGUUCCUCUGCCUAAAAGGAGCUAUCUAGACAUCCACAGGAAAGCAGCAAAACUUGAAUAAUUUAUUUUUAAAGAAUGCAAAAAAACUCUCCACAACAAACCAGGAUCUAUGCUUUCAAGAUUUAAUUUCCAAAACUAGCAGUUAAAAAAAAAAAAAAGGCGGUUUUCAAAAGCACCUCUGAGGAAGUCAGUGGAACUUGUCCUCCUAACUUACGUGGUUUUGGAAAAUCCCACCCCAUUGCAAAAGCAUUCAAAUUCAAAGUUUACCACAAUUUUACUAAUAUUAAAGCCAAAAAAAGACCAGCUUCUGAUACUCUUCAUACUGUUUUGUAUUAGCUUAUUCCAAAUUUAUCACAUUACUUUCAAUGAGACUACCCAUGAAGUAAAUUAUGGGGCACUGAUUUAGGUGUCUAAAUAUGGACUUAGGAGUCUAAUUGUAGGCACCUAAUUUUGAAAUCGUGACUGAUUCAUCCAUCAUAUCUUUAAGUACAUUGAUAAUUAUUUUAUUAUUUUUCUUUUUAAAAGAAAGUUUAAAAUGAAGAUUAUUAAGUGAUUUCAAAGUUAUAGCAUUUUAUAAAAAUUAGACUAAAUUCUUUACUAAGUUGAUCAGUGAAAUGUUUUCAGCUUUGUAGUGACUCUAUGUUUUCAACGCAAAACCCAGACAUUUUAGGCUAUUUUAUUCUGAAGCUGACCUCUGUUACUGUGCCAUAUAACAGCCAGUAGAGGGCACUCAAAGAAUAAUAAUAUUAACUACCUGACUUUUGGAGCCCAAAUCUAUCAUGUUUGUCAUAUGCCAAAUCCUAAUCCUCAUUGUUUUUAGGAAAGUUGAGCUCUAGAUUCCUUUGAGACAGUCUAUAAUAUCUGUUUCAAAACCAUUGCUAAACCUAAACAAUAUCCUGGACUAGAGGCUUCCUUUUGAUCAGCAUAUUUAAAAUACUGUUGAAGUAGCUUUUCAUCAUGGUAUUGGAUUCAAUCCUUAGGUUUCAUAGCUGUUUUAGACAUCAAGUGCCUGAAACUUCCCUACAAUUAGGGUGUUGCUUGAAUACGGAUCACAGCACGGGAGUCCAAGACUUGACACUGAAACAUAAAAUAACCUUUUCCUUUCCAUUUGUCUAAUUUUUGGACACAUGAAUGCAAUAAAACAAAACUGUAAAGAAAUUACUAAUGUUAU